UGUCAUAUGAAUGUAUUAGAAAAAUACGAUCCGGGCAUAGUAUGCAAGGGAAAUCGAACUUGAAAGUCUCUGGUUCUUCUGGAGUGUCCGAAUGAAUUUUCGCUAAGGCCUUGGUGAGGUAACAGGGGUAGGAGAUAGGACCUUCGAGGGACACCGUUAAGCACUCCCAAAACAUUAUAAAUACUGUGAAAUUAUCUGAAUAGAUUCUAAUCACUAAAACAGGUCAAAAAAACACGCAUCCGCAGCCACAUAUUCAUAAGACAAUUUCUAACCAACAAAUCUUCUUGAACACAAUUCUCUCCUGUCACCUUCACUUCAAAAUGGGAGUUAUUCUACCAACCAUUGCAUUCUUCGGAGCUGGAGGCGGUUGUGCUGGCUCUACAUUGGCAAAAUGCUUGAAAUCUGGUUACACCUGUCGAGCGUGUGAGUUCAAAAUAUAUUCUCUGCUCAUCACUUCACCCGAACUAAUUUAUUCCCCAGUGGCUCGAAACAAAAUAAAACUCGUCACCUUUCUCACUACACAAUACUCAGUCACCGAAUCUCAAAUCUCCAAUCAUCUCACAGUCAUCGAGGGAAAUAUUAGAGAUGAGGCCGCCGUCACGUCCACGCUCUUUCCUCGUGCCGAUUCAAAUACCAGUAUAUAUCUCAUCAUAUACGGUAUCGGUGCAACGCCUUCUUUCAAAUGGAAUUGCCUUAUUCCGAGUGUUCAGCUCGACGAUCCGACAAUUUGUGCUGAUGGCAUAAAGUUCAUCACCUUUGUCCUGAAGAAUAGAUGUGCUACAUCAUCUGAAGGGAGUGGUAAACCAGCAUUGGUGGCUAUCAGCACAACUGGGACUACUGAAGAGAAAGAUGUUCCGUCGCUGUAUAUCCCCCUAUAUUCGUACCUGUUGCAUGAGGCCCAUACCGACAAAUUAAACAUGGAGAAAGCUGUUAUGAGCGCCAGUGAUGAGGGUGUUCUCAAAGGGCAUGUCAUUGUGAAAACUACGUUGCUUACAGAUGGUGAGGAGAAAGGGACUGCGAAGGUGAAGUCUGCGCUACAAGGCGAAAGAGGAGCUAUAGGAUAUUCAAUCAGCCGGAAGGAUGUUGGCGCUUUUAUGUUUGAGAAAAUUAUUGAGCAAGGAAGAAUGGAGAAUAAGAGUGUAAUUAGACUUACUUACUAA